GCACAGGUCCCUGGCACAGGGCGAGGCACUGUCACGCACGGAAUCGAGCAAUCGAUCACACAGAGACACAGGUCAGGAGCAGGAGCUCGAGGUGUCGCCGCGCGGCAGCAGCAGCAGCAGCAGCAGCUUGGGACUCGGGACAGCCAUGGGGAAGGGCCGGGCACCGUGCUGCGCCAAGGUGGGGCUCAACAAGGGCUCCUGGACGCCGGAGGAGGACAUGCGCCUCGUCGCCUACAUUCAGAAGUACGGCCACGCCAACUGGCGCGCCCUGCCCAAGCAAGCAGGUUUGCUGCGGUGCGGGAAGAGCUGCCGGCUGCGGUGGAUCAACUACCUCCGCCCGGACCUCAAGCGCGGCAACUUCAGCGCCGAGGAGGAGGAGACCGUCAUCAAGCUCCACGGCUUGCUCGGCAACAAGUGGUCCAAGAUCGCGUCGUGCCUGCCGGGCCGGACGGACAACGAGAUCAAGAACGUCUGGAACACGCACCUGAAGAAGCGGGUAUCGCCGUCCGGCGGGGAGGAGGAGCACGGCGCCGCCGGGUCCAACAAGAACAAGAAGAAGAAGAAGAAGAAAGCCGCUGGCGGCGCCGAGGAGCCGCUCCCGUCACCGACUCCGUCUCCGUCGCCGUCCUCGUCCACCACGACGACGGCCAACUGCUCCAGCGGCGACUCCGGCGAGCAGCAGAGCAACACCAGCAAGGAGGCGGACGACGACGAGCUGGACCUGGAGAACCUCGAGAUGAUGCCCAUGCUGGACGACGACCCAAUAACCUUCGGCUUCGACAUGCUGGUGGACCCCGUGCCAGCGCCGUACGGCCCGGCCGUGUCCGCGUUCGCGUCGGCGUCCAGACCCACGUCGCCCUGCGCCUCGUCCACGUCCCCACCGCCGCCGCCGGGCUGCGCGCCGCUCGGCGUGGACGACCUGCUCGUGCUGCCAGAGAUCGACAUCGACCAGGAGCUGUGGAGCAUCAUCGACGGCAACGGCGACGGCGGCGGCGACGGAGGAGGCUCCGCUUGCGCCGUGUCUGCCGAGACAUCGGCGCCGUGCUGCCAGAGCAAUGCGCCGGAGCCGACGACGAACGGCGCCUGCGCGACCAGCCACCACGGAGCGGCGGAGGAGGAGGGAAAGGAGUGGUGGUUGGAGGACCUGGAGAGGGAGUUGGGCCUGUGGGGCCCCGUGGACGUGGAGGACUACCACUACCAGUACCCAACGGGCCCACAUGGUCUGGUGGCUAACCACCCGGACCCGCUUCCUGCCAUGGUGGACGACCCGGUGUCCUGCUACUUCCAAGCGGGCCCCGCCUCCGCCGUGCUCCAGGAACCCGGGUACUCGGUGACUAGUAGUAGCAACCUGAUGGGGUUGUGAGAUUUAUCGUUCGUCGUCGUCGUUUUUUUUUUAUUUUUUUUAGAUAGCAGAACAGAAAUCCUGAACAAACGGAUCGUAUUGCUUGCUUGCACAAUGAUUGUACAAGUGCAUAGCUCAGAGGAGCAUAAACUCAAUACUAAACCGCCGGCGGCGUAUUAUUAUAAGU